AUGUUCGCCACUCGCCGUGUCGCUACCUCCCUUCCCCGCGCCUUCUCUCAGCGCGCCCUCUUCCACAACACCGCUCCGGCUUUCGUCCAGAAGGGCGACUCCAUUCCGGACCUCGACGUCCUGGUCGAAAACUCCCCAGGGAACAAGGUCAACCUUGCCAAGGAAAUCAAGGGCAAGGGUGUUAUCAUUGGCACCCCUGCUGCUUUUAGCCCGGCUUGCUCGAGCACCCACGUUCCUGGCUAUAUCAACCACCCCAAGCUUAAAGAAGCUGGUCAGGUUUUCGUCCUCUCCGUCAAUGAUCCUUUCGUGUAUGACAACCCCGCCCGACUUCAAUUGAAUGAUAUCAACCUUACUGACCGUAACAGAACCAAGGCUUGGGGAACCUCUCUCGACCCCACCGGCAAGAGCGGCAUCCGCUUCCUUGGUGACCCCACUGGUAAAUUCUCUGAGGCCCUCGACGUGACUUUCGACAGCACCUCGGUCUUUGGCAACCAGCGCAGCAAGCGUUAUGCUCUUACUGUGGAGAACGGUAAGGUCACUGGGGCUUUUAUUGAGCCGGACAACACUGGCGUCAACGUCUCCACGGCCGAGAAGGUCCUUGGAUAA